GCGACCUGUAGACUCUUUCUGAGCAUGCGUGAACUAGUUUCCCCUGAAAAGAACGGACACUGAGGACGGUAUGAUACAUGACGAUCCACCAGCAGUAUUAUAGAGAGUAGUUGAGCUAGUGCAAGACUUGCCUUGUUACUGUCGUAAACAACAGAGGAAAUCAGGGGUGAAAGGAGAGAGAUAGAAAGAGAAAAAGAGAGAGGGAUAGAAAGAGAGAGAGGGGGGGGGAUAGAGCUCCUCCUUCAGGCACAUAGAGAGAGAGAGAGAGAGAGAGAGAGAAGCUCUGGCUGAUUUAGCCUCUACGUCAGAGGGACGAUGGUGGCAGGCUGGUAAAGAUGGCCGCUCUCUCCGAGGACGGGAGAUAUGGACUCAAUUGCGGCCGCAACGCCGACAGGAUCACCGUUUUGCACGUGAAACUCACGGAGACGGCCAUACGGGCUCUGGAAAACUACCAAAACUGUAAGAAUGUACCGUCCUCGCAGCCAACAAUACAUUUCCAAGGACUGCAAGGGCGAAUCAAGAUUCCAAAGUCAGACGUCUCGGAUGGAUCUCAUCUCUUCGAUUUCUACCUGUCCAAUGUCGGCAAGGACAAUCCUCAGGGAAGCUUUGAAUGCAUUCAGCAGCACGUGUCCGGCUCCGGGGUCCCCCACUUGUCCUCUCUGGGGGCGAUCCAGGACAAAAUCACAGUGUGUGCCACCAACGACUCCUACCAGGUGACCAGAGAGCGCAUGACGCAGGCCGAGGAGGACACGCGCAAGAGGGGCACCAAGGUCAUCAAACCCGGAGGGCAAUUCAGAGGUACUAAGGUGCAAUUCCGAAAGCCAGCUCCAUCUGCCCCCGACCCGGUCCCCGAGAGGAAAAGGUCGACCCCCAUGAACCCAGCCAACACCAUCCGCAAGUGCCUUACCAACAACCCAGUGUCCCAGCGGCCAUACCGGGAGCGCAUCAUUCACCUGUUGGCUCUGCGUUCCUACAAGAAGCUGGAGGUCUUGGGAAGGCUGCAGCGAGACGGGAUCAGCCAAAAGGACCGCAACUUGCUGGGAAGCACCUUACAGCAGGUUGCCAAUCUGAACCCAAAGGAUAACUCGUACUCCUUAAAGGACUUUAUUUACCGUGAGGUCCAGAGAGACUGGCCCGGCUACUCGGAGGAUGAGCGUGUUCAGGUGGACUGGAUCUUAGCUCGUAAACUGGGCCUGCCUGCAGAUUCACUGUCAUCCAGCAGUUCUCCAAAAGAACCCACAUCACCACAGAAGCGCCAGCCUCAGGGUGACUUUAUUGACCCUCUGAUGUCCAAGAAACCCCGCAUCUCUCACCUCAGCAGCCGGGGUCCUCAGAGCUCGUCGGAUCGCCGCGCACCCUCCGAAACCGAGGAGAAGAGACCAGCUCCUCCGGUGAACGCAGCCUGCCCAGGCCCUUCGUCCCAGCCUCCAGUGUCCCACCCUCCCUCUGGCUCGAACUCCAACUCGCCCAGCACACCCGAGGGCCGCGGAACCCAGGACCUUCCCCUGGACCAGAGCUCCACAUGUGAGGAGACCGAGCGCUACGCUCCCCGCUCCCUCACGCCGAGCUCCAACUUCAUCCCAUCAUCCACCACAUCCCCAGCAGCCAACAGUAGCAAAAAGCCCAAAAAGAAGUCAAAGAAGCACAAAGACAAGGAGCGGGAGAGAAGAGGGGACACCGAGAGCACGGGGCACAGGGAGGCACCGGCCGAGAAGGAAGAGAGGCCAAGAAAGAGACAUCGUGCAGAAGUGGAAAAACACUCGCCAGCUAUCGUGGACAGCCAAUUAGAUGCAGAACUGCACAGAGAAGACAGAACAAGCAAACACAAGCUAACCGAACUUCCCACGCCGGUGAUACCUGAUUACAUAGCUAAAUACACCGCGGUAGUGUCUAUGGAUCAGAGGCUGCGCUACAAGGACGACUUCAACGCAGAGUACGAUGAAUAUCGCACCCUUCACGCUCGUGUGGAGAACAUCACACGGCGCUUCACACAGCUGGACACUCAGUGCAGACGCCUGCCACCCGGAACCAAAGAGUACCAGGAGGUGCAUGAAGAGGUGCUUCAGGAAUACAAGAAGGUCAAACAACACAGCCCGCAUUACCACGAAGAGAAGCAGCGCUGCGAGUACCUGCACAACAAGCUGGCCCACAUCAAGAGGCUUAUUGCUGACUUUGACCAGCGGAGGGCGCAGUCCUGGCGUUAAGCGUCGGGACCCAACAGCCAAUCCGAGCUCUUUUCAGCCUAAAGACCACAUCCAGUGGCAGCCAGGGGAUCAGACAUCCUUGAGAUUUUCUGUUUUUCCCGUCUUGUAUUCUCCCUAUAGGUCCUUUCAGAUCUUUUUGCCCGUUCUGUAUUCCCCUUUAACAUGUCUACAUUUCAUAAAUAUAUAUAUAUCUAUAUAUUUUUUUUUUCCCCCCCCUUUCUCGUUCCUUCUGACCACUGCCUCCACUGUUUAAGAGAAGAGAGCCACUCUUCCUUCCUACUGGUGAUGUCAAGCAUGUCCAGGAGGAUAGCGCUUCAUAUAAGUUUCUUUUUUCUUUUUUUUUUUUUUUUUUUUUUGGAACAGACUAUAAAAAUGAAAAAAAAAAAAAAGAAAGGACUAAAACAUCAAAAGAAAAUUAAAAAGUUUUUCAAAGCAAAGAAAAUACUAUAUAUAUAGCUACCUGUAUUUAAAAGAGAAAACAAAGGAAGAUCUAUUUAUUUUGAACGGAAGGAGAAGAUCGAGUCCACGGAUGAGCUGAGGUUUAGUUUCUUUUCUGGAUGCAAACGCAUUGCCGGGGGCCUUACACUAUAGUGUCUCUUUGACUUCCUGAAGCCUUUUGCACAGGGGCAGCUGAGCCAGUGCGUAUUCAAAUACAAAAAAAAAAAAAAGAGGAAAAUUACCCAAAAAAAAACAAACAAACACAUGAGGGUACAUGGCAAAGGGAAGCGUGAAGACAGGAGCCAUGAGAUUCCCUUCGUCUUUGGACCCUGCCUUGAGCAGCAGCAGUAUUCUCGCUCACCGUGUAAAUGGUGCCUUAAACGUGUUCGUUUACACACAAGGAUGUGGAGUCCGCCCGUGUUCCAGGGGCCCGGAGCAGAAGAAACGACUGUGACCUAAUGACAAAGAUUAGACACACAUCCGUGGAAGGUGUGUGUGCGUGUGUGUGUGUGUGUGUGUGUGUGUGUGUGUGUGUGUGUGUGUGUGGGGGCGCUCUCGCGUUUGAGACGAUGGAAAAUAGCGACAGAUCCUCUGUGUUUUGUUUUUGAGAUGAUGUGCAAGAGCGAACAAGAAAAGUGAGUGAAUGAGAGGUGGAAGUACUGUUUCUUUUCCCUUUUUUCCUUUUUUUUUUUUCCUUUUUUUUUUUCCUUCUCCUCUCUGCCCCAUUUGUUUCAUGGGGCAGGGGUGGCCAGGUGGGCCUGUGAGAGUUGGUGUGAAAAUGUGGAUUGAAGAAUAUAAUGGGGGAGGGGUAGAAAAUAAAAUCCCAAAAAAAAGCUGCUAUAGCCUUUGAACCGCCAGAGAGAGCGUUGGCGAUCAACAUGGCUCAUGUUACAUGUUCUUAGCUUUGAAUGAUGAGGACAGGAUGGUUGUGUGUGCGUGUGUGUGUGUGUGUGUGUGUGUGUGUGUGUUCGUUCUCUCCACAGCACCAGACAAACACAACACAAGAUAAUGCUUUAAAAGUAAAAAGAGUAAGAACUACCAGAGCCAUACGCAUAUUACAAUUUAAAAUGUAUUCUCAAUUAUUCCAUAAGUUUCAAAACCUAGUUAUUUAUACUUAAUGACUAGCAUGCAGGUUUUUUUUGUUUUUUUGUUUUUUUAAUUCAGGAAUUUUUUUUUAUUUAAUUUUUUUUUUUUUGCAAUUUUCCUUUUUGGCAGAAGCAAAUGAUGUAUGUAUGGUGAUCCGAUAUAAACGCAUGUCUUUACUUUCAUGAAAAACAUUCGGAAAAGAACGAUGCUUAAGGUUUAAGGAAACCUUGUUUACAAAAACCUGUGUUUGAUUUCUUUUUGGGGAAAAAAAAAAAAAAAUGUUUGGUUGAUUUGAAAUAAAGUGCAUCUAUUGGUUUAGCUUA